AUGCCGCCCAAGAGAGGUCGUCCGUCAAACGCGCAGAGGGAGGCAGAGCGCAGUGCUGCAGUCUCAAAGGGAAAGGCUGCUGCUUCUACUUCUGCUGCUGCUGCUGCCCAAGAGUCGGCGAACACCCCCAACGGUUCCAUCACCGUGUCUGUCGGUGGUCUAGCUGCCUCUGCCGACCCUCGCAGUCCUGAGACGGCUAAAACCGCCAGCAUGGCCGCGCCUCGUACAUCCGCCAGUGCCUCUAAGAAGAGCAAGGGUCAAACACAUCCGGAGACUGCUGCAAAUACCACUGCACAAGAGCCCGACGGCUCCAGCACAUCUAAUGCCAUGGACGUCACGACCAACGGCACCACGACCUCCAAGACCACCAUCACCAAUACCCAUGACAGUAAACCCACUGGAAAUGGCACGCCAAAGAAGAACGCCGAGACUGCCAUGGUAGUCGCCGGCAACGGCGACAGUGAGAUGGACGGCAGGAAGAGCAAGAACAACGACACAGCCUUGGCCAGAGGCAAUGCCUACACAGCGGCGUCACGCGUCAUCGGCACUGGAUACGAGAACAUCAACAAUCUCGAGGAGAUCCAGCUCCGCCAGUUCCAAGAGGACAUCGACGCCUACCAGCACGACCUAGCCUACUGCACCGCCACUCUUGACCUUCCCGACCUCACCCCCCAGGAAACCCGCACUUUCCAGCUCCGCCAGCUCGAUCUCGGCCACCAGAUCCGCCACUGCCAGCACAGGAUCGAGAACCUCCAGGUUCAGUUGCGCCGCCAGGGAAUUCCUUUCACCAACUACGGCGCAUCGAGUGGAGGACGGGCGUACACAGCUUCCCUGCUUGCCGGAUCGGGCCAGGUAGCGGGCAUGAAGCGCGUGAGGGGUCCGUCAGAUGAUGAUGAGGACGACAAUGGCGGUAAGACCACGGGGGGAUCAGCCAAGAAAGCGAAGCUGACGCCCGAUGAGCCACAGUUGCUGGACGCCGACGGCGACGAGAUGAUGGCCACGGGCUCUAGAGAGGCAGACGGAGGCGGUAGUCCCAACGGCAACAACUCGUCCGGUAAUUCACCCCAUCGGCUUCCCUACGGCACCCCCGGAACCUGGGAGUUUAACAUUCCCGUGCACCCAUCCUACCCACACCAACAUCACCAAAACGGCAACGCCGCCAACUCCCCGCAGCCAUACGUGGAUGAGGAGAACCAGCAAAACACGGCUCUCCAGCGCCUAGGUUACUGGAAGUGUCGCCUGUGCUCGGCGCCCAAGUACUUGCUGGCCGGAACCGGCCGCUCGCCCGCCGCCCCCUGCAAGUGGCCGCUCAAAGACAUUUCCAAGAUGAUUACGCAUUUUACGGAGAUGCACACGGAGCACAGUCCGGCCGAGCGCUGUUCAGAGCUGGGGUACGCGCUGGCCAAGAACCGCGGCCCGUUCGAGUACUGGCUGCGUCGCACCAGGGCGCAGAACGUGGGCGACGGCGAGAUCAUUGAUGAGGUUAUUGAGACGCUCAUCAAUGGUGUUAUGCCGCUUACGUUGCGCAGGUUGAGUAGGGCUGCGGCUGGGAUGCCCGCUUAA